GGUCUCAGUCAGUUCUUGGUGAACCGUUGUGCUGGUCGUGUCGUUGUCGCUGCCGUUGUUUAAACGCUCUUUACUGCCAAUAAAAACUUGUUCCGUGUGUGUGUUUUUCUUGUUGUUGUUACUGUGUUUGUAGUACAGGUUUAGCCUUAGCCUCGACUUGAGGGUGUGCUACCAAGUGUCAGUGUUUUAGUAAUUAUACUAGUAUAAGUCUAGCAAACAAAGCAAACAAAAAACAAGUGUGAAAAAUGCCAUCAGCGUUCCGCAGGUGCACGCUGCAGGCCGCGCUGCUCGCCUGCCUCUGCGUGGCCAUGUCGCCGUUGCGCGCCAGCGCCAGCAUCGUGGAAAAACUGCGCGAUGAUUCCGAUCUGUCGCAGGCGACAACGCUGAGGCGCCUUAUACCUGUUAGGUUUUAUAGUUUACUAGAGCAAAAUAUCAUUGCGAAUUCCACUUUAACACUGCGACCAUGCACAGUGUUUGUGCCUACAAAUGCUGCAUUCCAGCGCCAUCAUGGACCCACACAUGUGCUCUAUCACAUAACAACGACACCAAUGACGAAGGACGAACUCAUAAAGGUUAUACCGUCAGAUAUGGGUGGCAAUCCAUCCUUGUAUAUAACGAAAAAUCGCAAUGGCGAUAUUUAUGUGAAUAACGCUAGAAUAAUACCAUCGCUGACGGUCGAAAUGACCAAUAGCCUGGGAAUGCGUCAGGUGAUGCACAUAAUUGAUGAAGUCUUGGUGCCACUUACUGCUCUGCCCACUGCCAAAAUGGAGUUCACCAAUUUGGAUGCGUAUCAAUUUAUGAAACAGGCCGACAUCUUAGAUAUCGGCGAGAAUCGCUUGAGAUCGUAUCGCUCGCAAGUGACUUUAAUGCGUAAGGAUAAUCUCUAUCAGUCGCCAGGUGGACAUACAUUUUUAAUACCCGUCGAUGAAGGUUUCAAGCAAACCACACGCAGCAGCCUGGUGGACAACAAAGUCAUCGACGGACACGUCAUACUGAACAAUGUGAUUUUUACGGCAGCCGCGCAAAUGGAGGUGCCACAAACCACAGCCGCAUUCGAGGACAAUCUCAAAGUAACUGUUAGUUUCUUCAAACAAAAAGACGGCAAAAUGUACGUCAAAUCGAAUACUCUUUUAGGUGAUGCCAAGCACCCCACCGGUGUGGUGUUGGCGGAAAUUGUCAAAGGCAACAUUCCGGUGCGAAAUGGUGUGGUGCAUCUGAUUCAUCGGCCGCUAAUGAUAAUCGACUCGACGGUGACGCAAUUUCUACAGUCCUUUAAGGAUAAUGAAAAUGGCGCUCUGCGCAAAUUUUACGACGUAAUUAUGGAUAACGGUGGCGAGGUGCUAACCGACAUUAGCAACUUGGGUGAAAUUACAAUUUUGGCACCUAGCAAUGAUGCCUGGGAGGCCAAGGAUGUACAAAACUUAAUAAGAAAUCGUGAGAAAUUGCGUGAUAUCCUGAAUAUGCACAUUAUCAAGGACAAACUGAAUGUUGAUCGAAUUCGCCAAAAGAACAAGAAUAUUAUUGCUCAGGUGCCAACUGUCAACAAUCGUACAUUUUUGUAUUUCAACAUCAAAGAAGAAAAUGGCGAAGAAAUGAUAACUGUUGAAGGUGGUGGCGUUAACGCCACUGUACUGCAAGCGGAUGUCGCCCAAACUAACGGUUAUGUACACAUUAUUGAUAAAGUUUUGGGCGUACCAUAUACAACUGUACUCGAAAAACUCGAAACGGAUCCCAUGAUGAGUGAUACCUUCAAAUUGGGUCAAUUCUCCGCCUUUAACAAUCAAUUGAAUAACACACAACGUCGCUUCACCUACUUCGUGCCACGUGACAAGGCUUGGCAGAAGACAAAAUUGGACUAUCCUUCAACACAUAAGAAACUCUUCAUGGAAGACUUCUCCUACCAUUCAAGGUCCAUAUUGGAACGUCACCUGGUCAUUGCCGAUAAUGUGUACACGAUGAACGACUUGGUAGCCAUGACAGCUGCGUCUGGCGACUCCAUUUUGCUGCCUACCUACAGAGAUUCCUUGAAAGUUAAAGUAGAAGAGGAAGCUGGACAUCUUCACGAUGAAUAUGCUUCACAUGAGUGGACUGGUUAUGUUAUCACUUGGAAUUUCAAGAAGAUCAACGUCUACCGACCGGAUGUCGAGUGCACCAACGGCAUAAUACACGUCAUCGACUAUCCCAUGCUGGAGGAGCGGGACGUCGUCGUCAACGGAGGUAGCUAUCCGUUAGGCACUAACUUGUGCAUUCUCUUCUCAAAUAUCCUCAUGAUAGCAAUAGCGAAAUUUCUUUUCUUAAAUAAUUAAUUGUAUGUAUAAAUUAACUUACAACAACAAAACAACAAAAACCAAACAAAAACUCAUUUUAAAUGAAACAAAAAAAUCAAAAAAAAAAAACCAAACCGAAAAAAUUGCAUACCAAACAUGCAACAAAGUGAACAUACACUCAUACAAUCAAAGUUCAUAGCCAGCAAACCGAGCAUCACACAUCCAAACACCAUAUUUGCCUGCCACAUUAUGUAACAUACUACAAAUCACAUGACUCACGCGUUGCACAUGCCAUCGCUGCAUGUAUACAUAUUGGCAAAAACAACAAAAGCAAAAACCAAAAACAAAACACUAAAAAGGAAAUGCGUUCGAUAAUUGCGGCUGCCGGCAAGCAAAAACAAAACCACAGCUAUUCUUGUACAUUUCAACUUUGAAUGCAGCCCAAUUUGAUACACACAUAUAUACUUGUAUUGAACGUCCGGCAACACCAAAUCGGCCAAUAAAGCAAAGUUAAAAGUAAAAGUUUUCAGUUCUCUCGCUCUCAUCACACAACGAAACAAAAUUCACAUGUAUGUAAAUAACUUGUGACCAAAGAAUUGCAUUAAAUAGUUGUGUGGCAUGCCACCUGCACAUCCUACAUACAUACAUAUUUAAGUAAAAAAAGAAAAAAAUGCAUACUGCUUUCCAGCUAAAAAUUUUUCAGAUGUCUUCAAGAAUUUUGUUUUGAAAAUUUGUAUUUAAUAUUUUUUUUGCUCCUUUCCGUCUAGUAUUUAACGAUCUUACUUAUUAGCAUACAGAACGCCUAUAAGUAUGCAACGGCUUCUGUGUGUUGCGCGAAAUCAUUGUAAAUUAGCAUUGAAUGAAACUGACUUGUAUGUGCUAGCUAAAGUUUAAAUAUUGUAAUUAUGUAUAUUUACUAAAUAUGUAAUUCAUACAGAGCAUACAGUUGUUUUUUUUAAGCAUUAUUAUUUUUUAAUAAUUUUUAUGAUUUUUUAUUUAUUAUUUUAUGGUACUUUUUAGUCACUUGCGUGCAUAAGUAAAGGUGUGCGCAUUUUAAAAUGUAAAAAAAGUUGCCUUUAGUUUCAAUUGGCUGCUUUAAAACAAAAAUAAAACAAAGAAAAAAUUUAAAAAAAUAAAUAAAAAAAUAAAAAAAAUAUAAAAAUUAUAAACAUUUUAGUUUUGCUACUUGUGUUUAUGUAGCUUUUAAGUUAACUUAAUUUGUAUAUUCGGAAACGCCUAAGAUUUUAUUAUAGUUUCUCAUCAAGUAUAAUAAUUUUAUUACAAAUAAUAAUAUUAAUUAAAACUAACUAAAAGCAUUUUCAAAUAAAUAUUUUACUAUAAGAUAAUUCAAACUAACAUGUAUCAAAUUGCAUCUGAAAGUGAGUAACAAGCAAUAUUUAUGGAAAACAAGUAUUAUACGCAUAUUUUAAACAUAUUCAUGCAAAAAAAACUUUUCGCGUGCAUCAAAAAAUCGUCCAUUAAACAUUAUAGUCGACAUUGGUUAAAGACUUAUAGUUAGACUUAAAUUUUUUUAUAAAUCGUCCAUUAAAUAAUAUAGUUCACGCCUGCUAGUUUAAAAAUAUUUUUUUUAAAUAACCUUCUUUAUUAUUUAAACAUAUCUUUCAAUAAGAUUUGCAUGCAAUAUUAAAAAUAUUAAUUUCUAUCGCGAUCACUACUUGCUAAAAGUUUUCAGUAACAUCAUCUAAAUUAAUAUUGAAAAAUCAUCAAAUAUAUACAUACAUAUAUAAACCAAACUGCCGAAAUCCAUAAAACAAGUUUAGAAAUUUUGAAAGGAAGUCUACACUUUAUUACCUUCUAAAAAUGGUCACACGAAUUUUUAGAUUAACGCCAGAGACAUAGGAAUGCAUAGUUCACUAUACGCAAAGUUAUAUAACGACUCAUGUCAUUGCCAUUUACAUGAAAUCAAAUAUAAAAAAUUUUAAAUAAAUGAUAAUAAGCAUUUCCGUUAUUUCAAUACAGUAAUUUUAGUAAAUACUAAUACAUAUAAAAAGCAGCUCCAAAGAUUAAAUAUUACCAUUAAAACUGGUGAGACUUAGGUAUUUGAGUUUUUAAGAAAGAAUAUAAAUAUUAAAUCACCAUUUUUCUAAACCCAUUACACAGUGAAUUAAGUGAAAUUUGCAAACAAAAAAAUAAAUAAGUGCUGCCUCGAGCAAUUUUUUUAUAUUUUUUAUCGUUUAUCUAUCAUAAAGAUUCAAAGUUUCAUUCGAGCAUACAUAUGUACAUAAAUUGUACCACUCAUUCAUACAUACAUACAUACUACAAUAAUCUUCAUUGUAAAAACUCGCCUUGCCUGUAGACUUGUUGAUUGACCAAGCAACAACAACAAAUCAUAUGCAAGUAUAAAACCAAACGCAAACAGUAGUUAUUAGCAAACUAUUUAAAAUAUUAUAGUAGUAGCUCAGCAGCAGCAACACACCUGCUAAUAGUGUCUAUUCGAACAUUUGUAUGUAGUGGUAAAACAACAACAACAUCAAACAGCAUACAUUACUACUACUAUUCCACUUGCAACCACAUCUUGUCUUGUAAUAAAAAGUCAAAUAAAAAACCAAAUAUUAUAAUUUAAAAUAGCAAAUAUAAUACUAAUAGUUAACCAUUACAAGAAACCAAAAACAAAACAAAAAAAAAAUCAACAACAACAACAAAGACUUUCUAUAUAUAUGCUAUAAACCUUAUAUAUUUAUAGGUUAGGCAUUAACCUAGCAACCUUCAACUACUACACUACAUACUCACAUUAUGUAGGUAAUGCGCAGAACUAUCUGCUUUGAUGUGUGUGUACCAUAAUUAUCAGAUCACAUUCCGAAACUGUUCAACAUUCUUAUUGAUUACGUUAGUGAUUACGAUUUUUAAUUACUCUUCUACUUCAACUACAUAUGUAUGUAUGUAUAGUAAUGAUAAUGAUAUUUAAAUAUUUAAUUGAAGUUUAAAUUACACUUGUUCAAAAAUUAAAAUGAAAUAAAAGAUAAACAAUAAUGAAUAUUAAUAAAUUUAAACAAUUACUAAGUAAUUAGUUAAGCGUAAAACGAAAAAAAGUAAAAAAAAAACAGCUAAAAAAAUAUUCAGUGAAGUUUAAAGAGACGAAAUUAAUUAUGUAAUUAAAGUAUAUAUAAUUGCAAUAAAAAAACAGUUAUCAACUUCAUUAAUUUUGGUAGUUAAUACGAGUUAUCAACAUUUAAUAUUGGUAUGCUCGCAGUAGAUGCAAAACAUUGUAAGCUAAAGAAAACGCAUUUUUAGGGUGUUGGCGAGCUUGCUUAUGGAUGAUGGUCAAUAAACACAAUUCAAAUACUAGAAAAACAUAAACAUAUUUUCUAAAGCACUCAUUUUCUAUAAAAAAAAUUUCAAACGCAAGGGCAUUAGACUAGCUCAGAGAAAGCGUAUGAUAUUGGAAAGAAAUAAUUAUACAUAUAUAUAAUACUUUACUAAGCAAGGGUUAGAUAUUUUCAAAUACAAAAACGAACUGCAAGAAAUGCUGUCUGUGGCCACAUAAUGCUUAGGCUGAGCACAUAGUAAAGAGCGGGGUGCAAAUCAGCGCAAUCAAAAGACAAAAAAAAAACAUUCCACAGUUUUUUGAACAGCAACCGAUUUUUAUUGCUUAAACACUCGCUUCUCAGGCAGAAUUUCAUGGAUUUAUUGGGGGGAGAGAACGUAUUCUAUCUACAAAUACCUUAAGGUUAUAGAUUACAGCGCGUCACUAAGCAGAAUAAGAGUUUGGUUUCUAAAAAUUAGAAAAGGUCAAGUUUUGCCACGCUUCGAGUCUCAUCGUUAAUUGUAUGUAAGCGACAGCAUUGUAUGCACAUAGAUAGCGUAAAUUGGCGAAACAUUAUUCGUUAUUGGAGCUGUAGCUCAAAUGUUCUCUAUCGGCUGUAUUCAAAGUUGCAUUUAAGAUUAUAAUUGCACGGAUUACUGAAAAACAUUAAAAUUUCAAACAAAUUGUUAGUUAAAGUUAUAUGCAUUAAACUCUUUUGCCUUUUCACUUAAGCCUUCACUCUCAAGAAGUAACACUUUAAAGAGUAAAAAACAAUGUUUUACAAUUAAACUGUAUUUAUUUUUAUUUAUUUUAUAUUAAUUAAUAUUAUGUACAUUUGUUUGGAAGUUCAAAACAUUUAUGUAAUUAAAUCAAUUUUAAAGAAAACUAAUGAUAAGAAAACGAGUAUUGCGAUAGGAUUGAAUGAGGAAUACAACACUGACGCUUAUAAAAGCUUUUGUGACCUUCAAGCAUUCACACUUCAAACGGUGCAAAAAUAAAAACAACAAAAUUUAAUUACAAUAACUAAAUAUUUAUUGAAAACAUUAGACAAAUGUAAAGAAAAAAGAAAAAACUUUAAACAACAACAAAAUAUAUUAUACAUAUACAUAUACAAGUAUUUCAUAUAAAUAUGUAUGCAAACUUAUUGCUGUAGUCAGUAGUUACACGUUAAGAUCAUAAACUGCUCCAAAGAACAUAUUAAACAUCACAACGUCCCGCCUCUUUUUACACAAACACAAUCACAACUUAUACAAAUACACCACAAACAUGGCCCACAAGCGACUUAAUUUUAGUAAAAUAUUGUUUGAGAGUAAUUACAACACCUAAGAUACCGUUAUGUGGCGAAACGUCAAGCACACCAAUUAAAUAUGUAUAAUUUUCCACACAGAAUUAAGUCGAGACUCCGCGGACCCAUAGCUGUAACAUACACAUAUAUAGGAUGUAUAUGUAGUUGUGUAGCGUGUGUAAGGUACAUGUGUUUAGCAUUGAGGGGCGUGCGCAGUGUACUACACCUUAGCAAAUCGGUUCAUUAUAUAACUAUUAUCUAACAACAAAAUUAACGUGUAACUAGUGCCUUACUAAAGUUUAACUAAUUACCUAAACCAUAACCUUAAAUUCAUGUGCAAACAUAACUUUAAUUUAAUGCAUAACAAAUACAUAAAUAUAUUUUAUUAAAAUUAAAUUAGAAACAAUAAUUAUGCCUAACACUUUGUAGUAUGCCAGCUUACAUAAAAAUGUUAAAUUAAAAUUAUAAAAAACAAACGAUAAUUAUAAAAUGUCUUGGGCAUGUCAAGUGCUACUUCAUACAAAAAAACAUAGUGUAUAAAUGUAUAAAAUAUAUAUAUACAUACAUACUUACAUAAUAAAUGCAUAUACAUUAAGAGAGAGCAUAUUUAAAAAGAUUAAAUUAAUUAUAUUUUUAGUAGUUUACUUAGAUAAGCAAUAACAGCUUGCAUAUAAAUAAAAAUCAAGAACCAAAAAUGUAUGUACAUAUGUAUGUUAUUCACAGAGCAGCCAGGAUAAUGUUAGUUAACAUUAAUAAAUGAAAUGAUGAAAUACUAUGAUGAGUAAGCAAAAGUGGGGAAUGUUAAAAUGAACAUAGUCCAUGCCAAGUUUAAUCAGAAGUGUUAGUUUAACAUGGCAACAGCAGUUACAGUUAAACUUAACAGAGCAUAUGUUAACUACAAUGUUAAUUCAUAGUACAACAGUGAAUGUUAAGCUUAACAGAAUAUAUGCUAACUUUAAUCACGAAAUUUAGUUUAGCAUGGCAACAGCAGUGUUAAACUGAACAGAGCAUACACAUGUUAACUAUUAUGAAGAAGUGUUUGUUUAACAUAGCAACAGCGGCUUAUGUUCCCAGAGAUUUUUGCGGUAUAAGCUAGGUAAUAUUUACAUAAAAUCCUUUGAAUGUUCCCUAAUUUUCGUAUUUACUGCUUUAGUUAUUCUGUAAUUAAUGUGUUGUGCAAGUAACCCUUAGGAAUUUGAAUUAACUGUUCAAUUUAAAUUUCUUUGUUCCAAGUGGAUUUUUAACUAUGUAUGUACAGUUACAAUGUUUAUUAAUCAAAUUUAGAUAAAAGGUAAACAAUACAAUUUAAGAGUUCCUCUUAAUAAUAAUUCUAAAUUAUUCAAAGAAAUUAGAUUUUCUUGACAACAGACUUAAUAUUUUCGCUGAUUCAGGGUUUAAAAAAUUGCCAACAGAAGAAUUUGUGAAAAAUUAAUUUAUAAAUAAAAUUUGCGGAUAUUAGAAUAUUUUCUUAAAAUAUUUUUUAACAUUACUUAGGAGCAAUACCGAAAGUACCCUUCGAUUAUAUGCAUAAUACAUAUACAUAAUAAAAACUUGAGGUUAAAAUACAUACAUACGUACUACGUAUGUAGUUAAACUUUAUGCAGUCAGUGUAGCACGCCGCUACUCCUUCAGUAAGCAGAUAAUAAAUAAACAUUUAAUGAAUUUGGAAUUUAUAAAAAUAUAACGAAAAGUGCACAUGCAAAUGUAUACUCGUACACGCGAAGCAUGCAAAAAUACAUCAGUACAUACAAAUAUAUAUGCAUAUAUUUAUGGAUUAACAUACAUACUUAAAAGUAAAUGAAAAUAAAUUAUAUAAAUGGCAAAUGAAUUAGUAUAUACAAAGAAAGUUCAAUGCAAAGUUUUCAAAAAGCCAAAACAAAAGCAGAAAUAGCGAUUUUCACUGAUUUGCUGCUUAAUUACCAUUGCAUACGUGCAUACAUAUUACCUGCAAAAUGUGUAUCUUUUUUAAACUUUAUGUUACAAUUGCAAUUUGGUACGAAAGUGACAAAAUGAAAACAAAAACAAAUAAUUUGUGUACACGCUUGUGAAAUGACUAAAAACAAAUAUAUAUAAAUAAAUAAAAGAAUUUAUAAAUUCUUCAA